AUGGAUAUAGAUCAUGUAGUAUUAGACAAGGAAGCGAUCAGUCGAUUCGAACAGUACACAUUGGCUAAGCCUUCGUUAAAUGGAGGAAUCCCUUUGGACAGAUGCCAAGACGGCGAUUCCAUGGUAUCUAACAGCAGAAAAAGAGCACAAACACCGCGCCAAAAAGUUGUUUGUUGUUUCUGUUUCAAAACCACUAAGUAUAGAAGAAAACAAUUCAUUAUUGGAUCCCUUACAAAUGUUGUCAUAUUCAUUACACUUAUAGCUUAUACGUUUCUCGGGUCGUUUAUUUUUUUGGCCAUAGAAGGAGGGGCAGAAGUUCCAGCCAGACCGAGAAUUUUACCCGACAGACAAAAGUUAAGCAACAGAGAUAGUAACAGUACACAUAAAAAGUCAGACGAAGACUACGAUUACGGAAAUUUGACUUUGUCUGCAAAUUAUUUCUGGGACGCCAGAAGCAGGGCUGUGGAAAACAUUUGGGAGAUAACGGUGUCUCUUAAUAUCCUGUAUAGGGAAAAUUGGACGCGGCUCGCUGCUCAGGAGAUUCUGAAGUUCCAAAACGAGCUGGUUCAGAGGGUGACGACAGAGAUGGCCUCGCAAUAUGGUGUUAGUUACAGAGAGAUGGCACUCGGAGAGUUCGGGAGCGAUUUAACCAACCAUUAUGAAGAGCACGAGUGGAAUUUAGCCCUGGCGUUUUUCUACUCACUUACUGUUUUAACCACAAUAGGGUACGGCAACAUUGCACCAAGAACAAUCCUCGGAAAGGGUGUCACCAUCCUCUACGCUUUGGUGGGCAUUCCUUUAACACUCGUCUACUUAUCGAGUGUUGGGUCUCUUCUGUCUAAGAUGGCUCGAAGCGUCUUCAGCAGAGCACUUUGCUGCUGCCUCUGUUCAAACUGCGGCUACUGUUGUUAUGAUGAACGAAGAAUGGCAGAAAAAGAACGAAGAAUGAAACUAAAAAGACAGCAAGAAGAAAUGCUUAACAGUCAAAAUACUAGCAAGACUCCGACAGAAGAAUGUUACGUAAUGAAACCUGAUAGUCAGAAAGAUUUAUCAUUGUCAGAAAGACCAACAACCAGUACGGCCAAAGAUGAUGUAAUUAGCUGGCCAGAUACUGAUUCUAAAUUGUCAAUGCACGGUUUAAGCAUUUUAGCUCCAGUAUUUUUAUGUCUCGCAGCUAUAUUUAUUUAUAUAGUAAUUGGAGCAUUACUUUUGUAUAAAUUAGAUAACUUGGGUAUAAUAGACGGUUUUUAUUUCUGUUUUAUGGCUUUGAGUACUAUUGGUUUCGGUAACAUUGUUCCUGCUGUGGAUAAUAAUACUGAAUUUCCACCACCACCACCACCAGAAGAGGAAAUAGUUGCUAUAGUAACUAAAAAAGAACCUAAAGGUUUCGGAAAUAUGGUUGCAUACAAUGUACUCCCAGAAAUGUUGGAACAUGUUAAUUCAACAUAA